CGCCCGAGGGGGAUGGAGCGAGCGCCGAGCCGGGUCAGAGUUGAACAAUGACCAUAGUUGACAAAGCUGAAUCUUCAGGCCCGUCGACCUAUCAGAACCAGCCUGGCAGUUCUGAGGCGGUCUCACCUGGAGACAUGGACACAGGCUCUGCCAGCUGGGGUGCUGUGUCUUCAUUAAAUGAUGUUCCAAACCACACACUCUCUUUAGGACCAGUACCUGGUGCUGUAGUUUAUUCGAGUUCAUCUGUACCUGACAAAUCAAAGCCAUCACCACAAAAGGAUCAAGCCCUAGGUGAUGGCAUUGCUCCCCCACAGAAGGUUCUUUUCCCAUCUGAGAAGAUUUGUCUUAAGUGGCAACAAACUCACAGAGUUGGCGCUGGGCUCCAGAAUUUGGGUAACACCUGUUUUGCCAAUGCAGCGUUGCAGUGUUUAACUUACACGCCACCUCUCGCCAACUACAUGUUAUCACAUGAGCACUCCAAGACAUGUCACGCAGAAGGGUUUUGCAUGAUGUGCACCAUGCAAGCGCACAUCACCCAAGCCCUCAGUAACCCUGGUGACGUCAUCAAGCCCAUGUUCGUCAUCAACGAGAUGCGCCGUAUAGCUAGGCACUUCCGUUUUGGAAACCAAGAAGAUGCCCACGAGUUCCUUCAGUACACUGUUGAUGCUAUGCAAAAAGCAUGCUUGAAUGGCAGCAAUAAAUUAGACAGACACACUCAAGCCACGACACUCGUUUGUCAGAUAUUUGGAGGAUACCUGCGAUCUAGAGUGAAAUGUUUAAAUUGCAAGGGUGUUUCGGAUACUUUUGAUCCAUAUCUCGAUAUAACAUUGGAGAUAAAGGCUGCUCAGAGUGUUAACAAGGCAUUGGAGCAGUUUGUGAAGCCGGAACAGCUGGAUGGAGAAAACUCCUAUAAGUGCAGCAAGUGUAAAAAGAUGGUUCCAGCUUCGAAGAGGUUCACCAUCCAUAGAUCCUCGAAUGUUCUCACACUUUCUCUGAAACGCUUUGCAAACUUUACUGGUGGAAAAAUUGCUAAGGAUGUGAAAUACCCCGAGUACCUUGACAUUCGGCCGUACAUGUCACAACCCAAUGGAGAGCCAAUUAUUUAUGUCUUGUAUGCAGUGCUAGUACAUACUGGCUUCAACUGCCACGCGGGCCAUUACUUCUGCUACAUAAAGGCUAGCAAUGGCCUCUGGUAUCAAAUGAAUGACUCCAUCGUGUCCACCAGCGAUAUUAGAUCAGUGCUCAGCCAGCAAGCUUAUGUGCUCUUUUACAUCAGGUCCCAUGAUGUGAAAAAUGGAGGUGAACUUCCUCAUUCCACCCACAGCCCUGGCCAGUCCUCUCCCCGCCCUGGAAUCAAUCAGCGUGUUGUCACCAAUAAGCAGGCUGCGCCAGGGUUUAUUGGACCACAGCUUCCCUCUCAUGUGAUAAAGAAUCCACCUCACUUGAAUGGGACUGGACCAUUGAAGGACACGCCCAGCAGUUCCAUGUCAAGUCCUAACGGAAAUCCUAGCAUCAACAGGACUAGUCCUGUGAAUGCUUCCACUUCUGUUCAAAACUGGUCAGUGAACAGGCCCUCAGUUAUUCCAGAACACCCCAAGAAACAAAAAAUCACCAUCAGUAUUCACAAUAAGUUGCCUGUUCGCCAAGGUCAGGCUCAGCCAAACCUGCAUAGCAAUUCUUUGGAGGCUCCCAGCAAGCCUGUUCCCUCUUCUACCAUUACCACUUCUGCAAUUCAGUCUACCUCGAGUGCAUCCACGAUAUCAGUUUCUAGCAAAGUAGCAAAACCGCUCUCCCCGAGUGAGUCCUGUGCACAGCCAGUGAUGAACGGCAUGUCCAAGCUGAGCUCCAGCGUGCUGGUCCCCUAUGGCGCCGAGUCCUCUGAAGAGUCAGACGAGGAGUCCAAGGGCCUGGCCAAGGAAAACGGCAUGGGCCCCGCAGUGAGCUCUCACACUGCUGGUCAGCAGGCUGACAACAGUGAGGCCUCGCGGCAUGAGCCGCCAGAACCUAUCAAUGGUGCUAAUGGUGCAGACUGUGACCUGAAAGAAAACGGCCUGUCAUUGGACACGGUCAGUUGCCAAGUGCAGCCCCCUCUACAUGCAGAAAAUCCCUUUUCCAAAGCAAAUGGCCUUCCCGGAAAGCUGAUACCUGCUCCUUUGCCAUCUCUCCCAGAAGACACAGUCUUAGAGACCUUCAAACUUAGCAACAAAGUCAAAGACUCUGCGGAUGAAAUGAGUCCACCCCGAGCAGAGGGAAGUCCUGCGGAGGACCCUGCCGAGCUCGAGCCUGCCGGCACCCCAGCUGCUGCCCUUGAGACCCUGGAGGGAGUCGCCAGCCUGAGCAGCAUGUUCAAGGCUUUGCUGUCCUGUGACCCCAGCAUCACCUCUACCAAAGAAGACCUCUCUGAAGUUGGUUUGGCCAAGCCUGACGAAUCUCUGUCUGUUGUCACCAAUCUCUUUGGCCCCACCAGUGGUAGCACAGGGGACGAACAAGUUCCCAAACUCUGUGACUCUGGGAAUGUGGCAAAGGACCCCAGCCAGUUGUCCCCAGAGGGGAGAGGAAUGCUCCCAGAGAGCCCUCGGGACUCCAUACCUGCGGCCGUCUUGGAGCGGUGGAGCCUGGCCCCCGUGGCACUUUCGGAUGACAGCUGUGAGCCUCAGCUCCUGGUUCACCUCAGCAGAGAUGGGUGCCAGGCUGCGGGGGAGCCCGCCGGAGCCCCGGGCGCUGCCAUGGCCGUGACCGUGAUGCCCUGUACUCAGCCAGACAGGACUGCGGGCGUCCCUUCAGAAGGGGGUGCCCCACAGAGCCCUGACUCGAGCCUUGAGGCAGGGCCGAGAGCUCCGGCUCCUCCAGCCAGGGAGAAAAUCAGCCUGAGGAAGGUUGACCGGGGACACUACCGCAGCCGGAGAGACUGGAGGGACCGGUCCUCCAGUGGCGAGCACGUCCGGGAGAGCCGCAGCUGCACAGAGGACCGCUACCACAAGGGGCGGCGCUACAGCAGGGAGAGGGCCAAGCCCGAGCGCCACCCACCCGAGCACUGCACCGCGGGCCAGCUCCUGGCCAGCCACGGCGACAGGGGCAGCCUCGGGGAGCGCCGCUCACUGGGCUGCUACAGCCACCACCACUCACGAAACCGCAGUGGGCCAGACCAGGACUGGGGCCGGUUCCACCACGCGGAGAGUGAGCACAUCUGGGGCCGGGAUAAAUUCUAUCCCGAGAAGAUGCGGUGGAGCAAAUGCAGGUACUACCAUGACAGGUACGUCCCCUACACGGCCCGGGACGUGCGGGAGUGGCGGCCUCAGCAUGGCCGGGAGCACGACCGAACAGGACAGCCCACUCGGCCACACAAGGACUGCUACUGGGGCCGCAAGGGCUGGGAGCUGGCCAGGGCCAAGGAGCGGCAUGGCUUCCACAGCCCACGAUCGGGCAUGGCCCCCGCCCUGUCUCUGCACCCCGAGAGGCACCCCCAGGAAAAAGGGGCCCUCGGAGCCGGAGCUGAGGGCAGCAGCUGCAGUCUCUCUGAGCGGUUUCACGAACACGAAAGUGCAAAGGCCCGGAAACGGCGGUACGAGAGUGUGGACCAGCAUGACAGCCACCUGGAGAAGGCCCGCAGGAGCCUGCAGAAGGAGCCUUCAGAAGAGCCCAGGGCCAAGAAACACAAAAAGUCAAAGAAGAAAAAGAAAUCCAAAGACAGACGCCGCGAUCGCAGCUGCAGGCACCAGCAGGACUCUGAUCUGUCAGUGUCGUACUCGGAUGCUGACCUCCACAGACACAGAAAAAAGAAGAAGAAAAAGAAGAGACAUUCGAGAAAGUCAGAGGACCUUGGCAAAGAGGUGGAGCUGCGCUUGGGGAAGGCCGCGAGCUAUGAGGCUGUGGGCCACCUCCGCAGGGCGGAAGCCGGCUUCCUCCUCGCUGACGGCCUGCUUCUGGAGGGCGCCGGCCCUUUCCAGCAGAAGACAGAGCAUUUGAGGAUGGAGAGCAGGGCUGACAGGUGCCGUCUGUCUGAGUAUGGCCAGGGUGAUUGAAAUCUUGGCCUCAAAACAAAAACGUCACUAGUUACGAUUCAACGUGUUUAACAGAAGCCAUCCCCAACCCAGCUUAAAUUAUCAACCUAGAAAAUAACUGUUCAAACUGCGUGGUGCUUCUUUAGUAAAUACUGUACAGAUUUUACCAUGGACUUUUUUUUUUUAGUUUUUACCUUUUCUUAAUUGCCCUUAUUCCAAAUGGACGAACUUUGUACAACUGCUGACCACUGUAAAUACCGUGUACAUAGGCCACACUGAACAACGCCCUGGAAUAGACCAUCUCGAUGCUGCUCACUUACAGACUCAGGUUGAUUCUCGUGUCAUGUAACGCUCCUCACGGUAGACACCUGGCGCGCCAUCCGGAAUGCCACCCUGGGACUGUCCGAGGCCCAGACUGAUGUGCGCAGUUGGUUAACGCACACCCGUGCCUCGGCUUCCGAGGGCAGUCUGUUUUCUGCGCCGUCUGACGCUAGAAACUAAUUUGCUUCACAUUUUAGUUGUAUUCAAGAUUUGAAAUGGAUUUUAUAGCCAAGUUCUGUUUUCGAACUUUGCGGAGCUACUCCAGUCAAUCAGCUAGCGGUUCCGAGUACUCAAUGAAUGUAAGGCUUCAGUGCGUUUUUAUUACACUUUUUAUACGCGUCUCUCGUCCUGACUGAUAUUGGAGUCUGAGUUGUCAGCUUGGUCCCUUAAAGUUUCUAGUUACAGACAGAAAUCAUACUGUGAUUUUAUUUUUAAUAUGGAUAUGCUAUCAAACUGUGAUACUCUUAUAAUUCACUGGUCCUGCAUCAGGAGACGGAGUGGGGAGAACUGUAUGGAGUACAGAAGUGUCCGAAUAAUCUGUAUGG